UACAAAUGUGUCCUCAGUUUCCCUGACGUAGUUCGCAGUCUUAUUCAUUUGGCGCUGGAAAUCAGCGAUUUCUCUAAUCUUUUUCAGGAAUAUGCCUCCAAAGCCUAAGUUCCAGGAGGGUGAAAAGGUACUUUGCUAUCAUGGCCCUCUCUUGUAUGAGGCUAAGUGCAUGCGUGUGGAGACUCGAGAGGGUAAAGUGCAGUACAUGAUUCAUUAUAAUGGAUGGAACAAGAACUGGGAUGAAUGGGUGCAAGAAAGUAGAGUUGUGAAGAACAAUGAAGCUGGUGUACAAAAGCAGAGAGAACUGUUGAAAAAUCAUGGGGCUCUGACAAAGAAAACAAAAACGGCCAAGAAACUGGAGAAAGAACUCUUAAAACAACAAAAGAAUCAGAAAGAGAAGGCGGCCGCUAAAGAAACACCAAAGGAGAAAGAGAAAGCAACAGUCAAAGAGAAGCAAUCAAACAGAGAGAAGGAGAAAAAGGAGAAAGAGGCAAAAGAGAGACCUGCCACCCCACAGCCCUCUGCAGGAGACAAAAGGAAGGACAGAGGAGAUAAAGAACAAAAAGAAAAGGAAAAAGAAAAGAAAGACAAAGAUAAGGACAAGGAUGAAAAGGAGAAAAGUUCAUCAAGCUCUACCCCUACCUCAGCGUCUGCACCCAGCCAAGAUUCCAAUAGCUCCACACAAGCAUCUUCGACACAAGGUGAACCCAAAAGGAAACGAGUACGGCUUGAUAACACCGUAGAAUCUGAGGAAACAUAUCUGUCAAAGAUUGAAGUGAAAAUCAAAAUCCCAGACGAUUUGAAACCUGUUUUAGUUGAUGACUGGGAUCUGAUCACAAGGCAGAAAAUGCUUGUUAAUCUGCCCUGCAAAAUGACUGUAGAUGAUAUUAUUGAGGACUUCAUCAAGAGCAAAUCGACAAAAAAUUCCAAUGUUAACAAAGAUGCCAUGAUAGAAACAAUGUCUGGCUGCAAAGAUUACUUCAAUGUCAUGCUGGGCACACAGCUGCUGUAUAAAUUUGAAAGACCACAAUAUGGAGUGAUUCGGGCAGAGAAUCCAGACAAACCCAUGUCAAGCAUAUAUGGAGCUAUCCACUUCCUCAGGUUAUUUGUUCGCCUUGGUGCUAUGCUAGCCUACACCUCACUGGAUGAGCGGACUGUUCACAUUCUGUUGGGUCAUGUUCACGAUUUCCUCAAGUACCUGUCGAAAAAUGGACCAAAUUACUUCAAGAUCUCAAACUAUGAAAUAGCUACACCAGACUAUCACAGAAAGGCAAUAUAGUUGACAGGGACUCUCUGUAUUUUGUCUUAAAGACUGAAGCGAGCUUAGCUUGUGCUGAGUUCAUCAUUUUGUUGACCUUUCUUAAUACUUUCUAGGUUACUUUAGUGUCUUUUCACGAAGGGUAUUUUCUUUAUCAGAAAGGACUCAUGAUUCUAUUUAACUGUACUUAUGAGAUAAGUUUGCUUAGUUUUUUACUUGGCUUUUGUUAUUUAACUUUUGAGUUUGAAUUUAUGAGCUUUUUGUUUUUUAAGGUUAAUUAGGAUGUUACUUUCUUUUUCCCAUAGUCACAAGGUUGGGUGGGAAAUGGUAAAGUGGUAUUUGACAGGGAUAUAAUUACAGAUGUUCAGAGUUUGAUUUAAAUAAAGUCAACAAACUGCAAGUUUCAAAAUAUUGCAGGGAAGUUCUAUUUUGAGCCAGAGGUUGCUUUUGGUGUUGUGUGAAUGGAUGCGUGCUAUGCUUAAUGUCUUGUUCUACAUGAUGUGUUUAUCUGAGUUUUGAAUAGGAGAGAGUGCUUUUUUUUGGGGGGGGGGGGGGGAGUGCAUGAGUGAAGGUUUUAUAUUCUUUAAUGAAA